AUGAGCACAGCCAAGACGGAAAAUUCCCUUAUUAUGGGUUUGUCUACUCAGAAUGGGCAAUUAAGGGGCCCACUGAAAUCUAGUACAGUCCCAGGAGGGGUGCCACCACAACAAGUCACACAGACUAACCAGCAGCUACAGCAGUUAAAGAAUGCCAGCACAUUUAAUGACAUUCAGCAGCAAGUACAUACAACCAACAGUACUAUCAAACCAGGUGAUGAUUGGAAGAAAAGUUUAAAGUUGCCUCCUAAAGACAGGCGGAUGAAAACUUCGGAUGUAACUGCCACAAAAGGAAAUGAAUUUGAAGAUUAUUGUUUAAAACGCGAGUUACUAAUGGGCAUUUUUGAAAUGGGUUGGGAGAAACCAUCUCCAAUUCAGGAGGCAAGUAUUCCUAUUGCAUUAUCAGGCAGAGAUAUAUUGGCCAGAGCCAAGAACGGAACAGGUAAAAGUGGAGCCUACCUCAUUCCAUUACUUGAAAGACUGGACCUGAAGAGAGACUGUAUUCAAGCUAUGGUGAUUGUGCCUACCCGGGAACUGGCGCUGCAAGUCAGUCAAAUCUGUAUCCAGGUCAGCAAACACAUGGGUGGUGUAAAAGUGAUGGCUACCACAGGAGGAACAAAUCUCCGGGAUGACAUCUUAAGACUUGAUGAGACUGUACAUGUGGUGAUCGCAACACCUGGAAGAAUCCUGGAUUUGAUUAAAAAGGGUUUGGCUAAAGUGGACAACAUACAAAUGAUUGUACUUGAUGAGGCAGACAAACUGCUGUCGCAAGACUUUGUACAGAUGAUGGAGGAUAUAAUUUCUACAUUACCAAAAACCAGACAGAUCUUGCUUUAUUCUGCCACUUUCCCACUCAGUGUACAGAAAUUCAUGAAUUCACAUCUACAAAAACCAUAUGAAAUUAACCUGAUGGAAGAGUUGACAUUGAAAGGUGUAACUCAGUUCUAUGCCUAUGUUACAGAACGGCAGAAAGUCCACUGUCUCAACACACUCUUUUCUAGGCUUCAGAUUAACCAGUCAAUUAUAUUCUGCAACUCUUCUCAGCGAGUAGAGCUGCUGGCUAAGAAAAUCUCUCAGCUGGGUUAUUCCUGUUUCUACAUUCAUGCUAAAAUGAGGCAGGAACAUCGUAACCGUGUGUUCCAUGAUUUUAGAAAUGGAAUGUGUCGCAAUUUGGUUUGCACUGAUCUAUUCACUCGUGGUAUUGAUAUCCAAGCUGUGAAUGUUGUAAUAAAUUUUGAUUUUCCAAAGAUUGCAGAGACCUACCUACAUCGCAUUGGCAGAUCAGGACGGUUUGGUCAUCUGGGCCUUGCAAUCAAUCUAAUCACAUAUGAAGACCGCUUUAAUCUGAAGGCCAUUGAGGAGCAGCUUGGAACCGAGAUCAAACCAAUCCCUGGCAGCAUUGAUAAGAGUCUGUAUGUUGCAGAGUACCAUAGUGAGACAAAUGGAGAGGAUAAACAAUAA